AGCCCAAGCGGGCACCUCGGUGUUUACACGGGGCGGCCCCGCGCGCGCCGCAGCGGCCCGCAGACGGCGAGGGGGAGGGGUGGCGCGCGCGCCGGCGGGGCCGCGCGGGGAGAAAGACACUGGAAGGCGGCGGGGCGGGGAGCGGCGCGCGCGGGCCGCGGCGGAGCAGGAGACUGAGAGGAGAGCCCGCGGGGGCCGGAGGGUGCGAUUCCUCCGCCCCCGCAAAACAAUGUGCAGCGUGCGGCUGGGCGCAACUUGCCGGAGGCGGCGGGGGCGCGCCGAGCCCGCCUGAGACCGCGCCGCUGACCUUCUCCCCCCGCCGUCCGUUGGGCCCGAGCGCCCAGCUCCUCGCUCCCCAGCUCGCGGGGGCCGGGCCGAGCUGCGGGGCGGGGCCGCCCCUCCGUCGCUGCUGCCUCCUCCCCCACCCCCAGCCGCGGAGGAUGCGGACGGCCCCCGGCGGCGUCUAGCGGCCCCGGGCCCAGGCGCGAUGGUGCAGCAGCGGGGCGCGAGGGCCAAGCGGGACGGCGGGCCGCCGCCCCCGGGGCCCGGGCCGGCCGAGGAGGGGGCGCGUGAGCCCGGCUGGUGCAAGACGCCGAGCGGCCACAUUAAGAGACCGAUGAACGCGUUCAUGGUGUGGUCGCAGCACGAGCGGCGGAAGAUCAUGGACCAGUGGCCCGACAUGCACAACGCCGAGAUCUCCAAGCGCCUGGGCCGCCGCUGGCAGCUGCUGCAGGACUCGGAGAAGAUCCCGUUUGUGCGGGAGGCGGAGCGGCUGCGCCUCAAGCACAUGGCGGAUUACCCGGACUACAAGUACCGGCCGCGCAAAAAGAGCAAGGGGGCGCCCGCCAAGGCGCGGCCCCGCCCCCCCGGCGGCGGUGGUGGCGGCAGCCGGCUCAAGCCCGGGCCGCAGCUGCCUGGCCGCGGGGGCCGCCGAGCAGCGGGCGGGCCUUUGGGGGGCAGCGCGGCGGCGCCCGAGGACGACGACGAGGACGACGACGAGGAGCUGCUGGAAGUACGCCUGGUCGAGACCCCAGGGAGGGAGCUGUGGAGGAUGGUCCCAGCGGGGCGGGCUGCCCGGGGACCCGCGGAGCGCGCCCAAGGGCCGUCGGGCGAGGGGGCGGCUGUCACCGCCGCCUCCCCCACUCCGUCGGAGGACGAGGAGCCAGAGGAAGAGGAGGAGGAGGCGGCGGCGGUGGAGGAAGGCGAAGAGGAGACGGUGGCGUCGGGGGAGGAGCCGCUGGGCUUUCUGUCCAGACUGCCCCCCGGCCCCGCCGGCCUGGACUGCAGCGCCCUGGACCGCGACCCGGACCUGCCGCCCCCCUCGGGCACGUCGCAUUUCGAGUUCCCGGACUACUGCACCCCCGAAGUUACCGAGAUGAUCGCGGGGGACUGGCGCCCGUCUAGCAUCGCCGACCUGGUUUUCACCUACUGAGCCCACCGUCAGCGGGGCGCGCACGCCCCCAAACCAGCUGUUUACAUACAGGAAUCAGGUAUUGGGGCCCCUCGGAGGCCGAGGCUGGCACCCCAUCUCCCGCGCAGCCUCCCCCCUCCCAGACGUGCCCAUCCCCCUCAAACCCAGACAUGCCCCUCCCCCGCAGACACACCCCAAGGCAGCCCAACCCCCACUCUUUCCCUGACAUCCAAGCCCCGCCCCGUCUUGCCCCCUCCCGCACAGCCACCAGCAGCCAGCCCCCCUCCGUUACACCUCCCGUCCACUCCUACAGACCUGCACCCCUCCCCCCACCUCGCACACGCCCCUCCUCGUGGCCGGAGGACACGCCCCUGCCCUUGCUCCCGAUCCCUCCGCCUUCGCCCAGCCCGCCUCCUCUCUGGUUUAGGGGGGCGCUGCGGCUGGGCGGCACCGCGCGCUCCUCCCAAACCCCUUCGCUCCCCUCCCCCGAGCACUGGGGCCCGCCCCCUUCUCGCGCAUGCUUAAUGCUUCUUAGGAGGAGGGGGCCGGUCCCAGUUGAACCGCAAGCCUCUGUGGCCCGCUCCGGGAAGAAGUGGGGCGGGCAUUGAGCGAUCCUUAGAAAUCUUUUGAUCCGGGAGCCGCGGCUUCCUUUCAACCCGACGGGGCGUCUCUGCCUUAAUGGGAGGAGCACUAGGAAAGGGGAGAAAGAGACUAGCUGGCCCGGAAGGGUUGGGUUUGGCGCUUGGAACUCUCCCUAAGUGGCAUAACCCCUUUUCCUUGCGGGGUUACCCAGACUGACGUGCACCCUCCCGCCUGCUAUACACACACCGCUAGACUGCCUCCACAGUCUACCUUGGCACCCAGAAACUUGCCUUUUCUUUCCCCCAUCCGGGAAUUGGGAAUAGGGUCUUCAUCUGGAACUGCACCACGAGAGGACCGCCCAAGAAAGCUCUGAACCAAGGCAAUUAUCAGUCUAUUUGGGGAAAAGGGCCUUGCUGCUCUCCACCCCCAUCCCAAGUGCCCCAUCACGUUAAGGCACAUUCCCAGCCUGGACUCCUCCCUUAAGCCCACCGCCCUUUUCUAUCACUCAAGUCCUGUGCCCAUAGUGACAGUAUUCAGUGGGAGAAGCUGAGGCACGUUGGUACGGGGGCGGGGGUGUUGAGACUGAGGCAUGAGAGCAGACGGAGUGACCAGAAGAGACCCACUUUUGAACAGCUGGCUUGAGACCAUCGACUGGGCCAGUGACACCGAAGGGAGGGGCAGAGUAGUGGAGGUGUGCCGUUUGCGCCUGUUUUCCCGUGUGAAAAAUCUGGAUAGCGCUGCUGGCUGCUGUCGGAGGAGGUUGUGUCCGGUUCUAGGUGCCCUCGGGGACCCCUGCCCCAAAUUCCCCCUCUUACUCCCCAACUGUCCGCUCAAGUCCCACCCCUCCGGCCUCCCCAUACCCCCUUUUGCCCUCACUACCUGUAUCUCACCGGCGUGUGUUCACCCUCCUGGGUGAGCACACACUCUCAUUCACACACACAAAUCUCAGGAACAAACGGUCCCAGAGUCCUCCUGGACCCCUGCCCAGGGUCUCUGCAGGUCUCUGCCCCACGCGUUCCCGUCGCUGACAAAGCCACCAGCUGCCUCCUUUAAGCUUGGUGCUCCGGCUCUGGGCCUUUCUCGCGCUCUCUCUCUCUCUGUCUUUCUCUUUCUCUCUUUCUCUCUCUCUCUCUCUCUUUUUUUUUUUUUUUUUAAGAAAAACAACAACAACAAAAAGACAAUGAAAAAAACCCAGAAAACGUCAUGUGAGUGAAGAGAUGUCACUGUCUGUGGUCUUGGAGAACUAGUCUAGUAGCUGAGGGGAGGGGUCCCCCGAUCUGGGGCACUGGCACCCACAGCAGGACUUCGCCAGUCUGAUGCCAGGACUGAAUAAAGUGUAUUUGCCCCGA